AUGUUGCGUAUCUAAUUAAUGAAACAUAAUAAAUUGAUCAAGAAUUUUUUAAAUUUAGCAAAUUAGAAUAAAUUCCUUUAAAUCAUAAUAAUAAUGAAAAAUGUUUUACGCAAUUUAAAUAUACUCAGGUUGAUGUUUAGUAUUUAAUACUUAUUUAAUUAUUUUAAAGCAUUAAUAAUUAAAUAAAAAUUAAAUAUGUUUCAUUAGAUAAUUUUAUUAGAUAAAUUACUCUUAAAAGAUCUAUACCACAUCAUCAAAUUAAGAUCUUUAAUAUGA